UUGAUCUCUUUCUUUCCUCUUCUCUCCUUGGGGCUCGCUGUUUUUUUUUUUUUUUUUUUUUUGUUUUGAGAGAGAUACCAGUCUCUUUAAUCCUCCAUUCUUUUCCUUUAUUUUAUUGUUAAGCUUCAUCUCUCUCUCUCUCUCUCCCCCUACACUCACUAGCUCUGAGUGCUGCAAAGAGCAACAAAGAGAGAAAAGGAGAGAAAGAGAAAGAAAGAGACGAGAGACAGAGGACAACACACAUAGAGAUAGAUAAAUAGAAAGAGAGAGAGAAACUAAGGAAUUCACCAAGCUUUCAAUACCACAGAAGAGAAAACGAUGUCUGAGAGCUUUCUCUCCUUGCAUACUCUGAAACUCCAAGAGAUUUGAUUGACAGAAGAAAGGAAAUAAUAAGGUUGUGACUUGUGAGGGUGCUACAAAGAAGAUAAUUGAAAGAGAUGAUGAUGAUGAUCAUCUUCAAGAUAUUGAUAUGGGAAUAGCUACAACACCUCCAUUCCCUCCAAUACUUCCGCACUCAAAGACUCACCAGUUAAGCUCUCCAAUACUACAAAACACCAAGUCCAACCCUUCAAAUCAUAAUUCUAUGUCCCAAGAUUACCAUCAAGGUAUCUUUUCCUUCUCGAAUGGCGGUUUCGAGAGAUCCUCAGUAUCUCACCAAGAACAUAAUCAGCAGCAGCAACAUCAGCAGCAGCAGCACCAUAUAGCCCAACAGAUCCGCAGGGAUAAGCUUAGAGUUCAAUCAGGCUAUGAACAACCUCCACCGGCAUUAUUAGGUAUUGGAGAAGAAGAAUCAAGUGGCCUUCCCGUCUACGAAACAGCCGGUAUGUUAUCAGAAAUGUUCAAUUUCCCUCCUGCUGGCGGACCAGCCGCGGCUGUUGAUUUGUUAGAUCAGCCCUUGCGGUCUAAUUACCGGACUCAGCCACGACAACAACAACAACCGGUGACAACCAACGAUUGGUAUAACAGCAACAACACGCAAGGUAUGGCAGUAGGAGGUUUGGGGAUAGGCAAUUCAAAAAAUCAUAAUAAUAAUGAUAGCCGUGAAAGUUUGGCUCAACAUCAGCAUCAAAUUUCAGGCAUUAACGCAGAUUCAGCUACAGCCAUGCAGCUUUUUUUAAUGAACCCAUCACAACCAAGAUCACCACAAUCUCCUUCUCUUUCUCAUCAUCAACCCCCUCCUUCAACUUCUUCUACUCUUCACAUGUUGCUACCAAAUCCUUCAAGUUCUCUUCAAGGGUUUAGUACUGUAUCAGGAGGGGGAUUUGGUGCUACUAGUGUUAUAUCUCCACCACAAUUCACAUGGGUUCCUGAUAGUUCUCAUGUAGGAGGCAAUACUGGUGCUCCACUCAGUAAUCAAACUGAGAUUAGCGGUGUUGUUGAAGGACAAGGACUUUCUUUAUCAUUAUCAUCAUCUUUGCAACAUUUAGAGGCAGCCAAAGCAGAAGAAUUGAGGAUGGGAGAUGGUGGGCUAUUGUAUUAUAAUCAAGGAGCUGGUGGAUCAUCGUCUAGUCAAUAUUACAAGAAUCUGGGAGGUCACCAACCCCAUCAAGCAUUACAUUUCCAAGGUGGAGCGGGGCAAAACCACCACCAAGUUCAUGUUGGUUUUGGGUCAUCAUUAGGAGUGGUGAAUGUUUUGAGGAAUUCAAAGUAUGUGAAAGCAGCACAAGAGUUGUUAGAAGAGUUUUGUAGUGUUGGAAGAGGUCAGUUCAAGAAAAGCAAAUUUGGUAGACAAAACACAAACCCUAGUUCCAAUAACAACCCAGGGGGCGGCGGCGGCUCUUCUUCUUCAACAAAAGAUCUCCCUCCCUUGUCAGCUGCUGAUAGAAUUGAGCAUCAAAGAAGGAAGGUCAAACUCCUGUCGAUGCUUGAUGAGGUGGAUCGAAGGUACAACCAUUAUUGUGAGCAAAUGCAAAUGGUAGUGAACUCAUUUGAUCUAGUAAUGGGUUUCGGGGCGGCAGUCCCUUACACUGCCCUUGCCCAGAAGGCAAUGUCAAGACAUUUUAGGUGUCUAAAAGAUGCAAUAGCAGCACAAUUGAAGCUUAGCUGUGAACUACUUGGAGAGAAAGAUGGUGCUGGGACCUCAGGCAUAACAAAAGGUGAGACACCAAGGCUUAAGUUAUUAGAGCAAAGUCUAAGACAACAAAGAGCCUUUCACCAAAUGGGCAUGAUGGAACAAGAAGCUUGGAGACCCCAGAGAGGCUUGCCUGAACGAUCUGUCAACAUCUUAAGAGCCUGGCUUUUUGAGCAUUUUCUCCACCCGUAUCCAAGCGAUGCUGAUAAACAUCUGUUAGCUAGACAGACUGGUUUAUCGAGGAAUCAGGUUUCAAACUGGUUCAUUAAUGCCAGGGUUCGGUUGUGGAAACCCAUGGUUGAAGACAUGUACCAGCAAGAAUCCAAAGAAGAGGAACCAGGAGCAGAAGAUAGAGAAAGGAAGCAAGCCAACAACAACAGCAACAAUAGUGGGCUUGCACAAACACCAACGCCUACUACAACAACGACAGGAUCAUCAGCACCAGCUGCCACAACAACAACCAUCCCAUCAGGCAAAAGAUCCGAAAUCAAUGCCAAUGAAAACGACCCUUCACUCCUUGCAAUCAAUAGACAAUGUUUCUCGGAAAACCAAACAAAACUCUCCACCUCCUCCUCUACCACCACCACCACCAUUAUUACACCCAUCAAUAUCACCUCCGCCACCGAGGCUGCACCACCACCUCAUGCUGGACAGCCUUUCCAUGACUUCGCCGACGACACAUGUCGACAUGGCAGCAUUGUUACAGCUGAUUAUGGGACCACUUCCAGCAAUGCCAACGCUGGUGCUGGCCACAUUGGGUCUACGCUUAUAAGGUUUGGGACCACUACUGCUGGCGAUGUGUCUCUCACUCUAGGGUUACGCCAUGCUGGGAACAUGCCUGAGAAGAGUCCUACUUUCUCCGUGAGAGAUUUUGGGGGCUGUUGAAUAAACUUUUAUAUAGUACCUUU